CCGUGGUUAUCAGUUGUAGGAAACACAUCUGAAAUAAAAAUGCCGGAUGCACCAAAAGCGCCCAAGAAGGGCUCUAAGAAAGCCGUUUCUAAGAGCGUCAGCAAGACCGGCAAAAAGAGGAGACGCACCAGGAAGGAGAGCUAUGCUAUCUACGUGUACAAGGUCCUGAAGCAGGUCCACCCCGACACCGGGAUCUCCUCCAAGGCUAUGGGCAUCAUGAACUCCUUCGUGAGCGACAUCUUUGAGCGCAUCGCCGGAGAGGCCUCUCGUCUGGCUCACUACAACAAGCGCUCUACCAUCACCUCCAGGGAGAUCCAGACCGCUGUCCGCCUCCUGCUGCCCGGUGAGCUGGCCAAGCACGCCGUGUCUGAGGGAACAAAAGCCGUCACCAAGUACACCAGCUCCAAGUAAACUCGCUGUUUACAA